UAAACAGCAGCGCGAGCGGCUGCGGAUUGAUGGCGACUCCAGCGCGCGUCAGGAGGCGACAUCUGUCCUCAGACCUUCUGACCUCCACCUCCACCUCCACCCCGCGGCACUGAUGAAGCCUCCUCUGCCGGAGCCACAGCGGGCUGAAGGGCGGAUAGAGGAGAGAGAUGUACUGGCGCAUCGGCUUCGCCUGGAGCCGCUCCUGCGCGCUUGAGCUGGGCCGGAACAAGAGCUUCUCGCUCGGCUUGAGCGGCUCCGAGGAGCAUCUGUCGCUGUAUGGGUACAUCAUCGCCUACCCGCUGCAGGAGUACGGAGGGAUCAUGUCUGCGUUAGGGUUUGACUCCUGGUGGAGAAAAACGCUCUACAUCACCGGGGGGGCGCUGCUCGCCGCCACUGCCUAUUUACUACACGAGCUGCUUGUCAUUAGUUCUCUGAUGGAGAAAGACAUGCGCACCCUUGCCACAUUCCUUGGCAAUAAAAAGUAUCUAAUGGGCCCGAAGUUCUCUACAGUAGACGCUGCUGUAUUUGGUCAUCUCGCUCAAGCCAUGUGGACUCUCCCAGGAACGCGUCCGGAGCAGUUAAUCAAAGGCGAGUUCAUCAACCUGGCCAUGUACUGUGAGCGAAUCCGCCGCAAAUUCUGGCCGGAGUGGUUUGUGGACGUGGACGACCUUUACUACGACGGACUGAGUGAGGAGCCGGAUUCUCCUUCCCAGCUUCCAGAUUUGGGUCUGUACUCGCACAGUGGCAGCUUCCAGGAGCAGGAAAGCACUCUGUCGCACCACGACACGCCAUCACCGGACAGCGACGUCACCGGAUGCUCUCUGUUCGACUCAGACAUGGACACCGAAUGCUCGGAAAUGGAGCAGUUGAAGUGAAAACCACACCCCCUUGAUGAGGCAUCUGCACGGGCAGAUGCAUCACCUUUGUUCUCCCACAAGCCCUUUAGAAGGGGAAGGGCUGGUCAAAUAAAGAUGUGGUGACGUGGCAGCGGUUUUCCCAGACUCUGAGCGAGGGAUGGCAAUAAAUCCGACGGGAAAGUUAUUCUGACACUUUUUAAUUAAUGAAACCGAGGAUUUUAUUAAACGAGGGAAGGCCAGGCUAUAGAGAAUCCAGGAAGAAGACAGAAUAAAAAAAGAGUGAGAAUGACGCUUCAGCUGAAUCACUCCUGUGGUGUGACAUCAUCACUGCGCUGGACAUCAGCAGAAUGACAUCAUCUCAUGUGACCACUCCCCAUUCACUGAGUGUGUUUGUAGCCGAACAGCACUUCUUACAUCCUGGGGUUUAUUAGUAUACGGGUAGACAGACAGAAAGAAGGAUUUUGGGUGAUGAUUGAAAUGUGUAGAUACUUGACUGAUUUAGACGGCAUAAUAUCUCAUAGUUCAUCUAAAAUUCAUGUCCAGUUUUAUUCGGUCAAAUCUACAAAGCUAAAACCGGAAUAUGCAGAGCGAGAAAGCUGAUAGAUAGUUAUUGUGAAAAUGUUAGUCUAAGGUUUUUUUUCCCCUCAAACCAUUGCAGCAUAGCAGAAUUCCCAAAUUGAUGAUCUUGCCAUUUAAAUUUUUAUGGCCAAUUAUGCAAUGCAUUAAUGAAUAAUUCACCCAAAAAUGAAACCUCUGUAAUUGAAUCAUCCUUAUAUCAUCCCUAGUCUAUAUGACUUACUUUAUUCUGUAGAACAUAACGGAUACAUUUUAAACAAAGUUUAUGCAUUUUUUAUAAAAGCAUACAGUGACCAGAGGCUGUCAAGAUCUAAAAAAGCGUCAUAAAAGUGGUUUAUAUAACUUCUGCACUGUAUUUUAGGUCUUCUGACCUACUGAAUG